AUGUAUGCUGAUGACGUUGCUGCGAUUGUUACUGCUCCGAAUGGAGAUGGCGUUGAGAAGGCGUUGAACGAGGCAGCGGCGCAGCUUGCUUAUUGGUUCAGAACCAAUGGCUUAGCUCUCAACCUUAAGAAAACGCACUUCAUGCAAUUUAAUUUAUCUGGUCGCCAAGCAGCGCCGCUGGCUGUUGAAAUUGAUGGAACGCUGCUGGAACAAACCACUGCUACAGCUUUUCUGGGUUUUGAGAUAGACUCGGGCUUGAAGUGGGAUCGGCAUACCUGUCUCUGCGUGCCCAUUGGCGUGAACAGCCGCAGCAACCUCGCGUUAGUCGCACACGCGACGACGUCGCUGCCCGCCGUGACGCACAGGAUCUCCUCGGUAUCGGGCAUGGAAACGCUCCACUCCUUGCUGCUGCCGACCAGCGAUAUGCAUACUAGUUUGCUGAUUAUUUACUUGCAGCUAACACUGUUAGGUGAUGACGAUGGUAUCUGCGAGGUGUGCGUGGGGCGGCUGCGGGACGCAAGCGACUUCAAGCUGCAAGUGCAGUGCAUCCAGGCCGAGCUGCACGCGCGGCUCAAGGGAACUCUACAUGUGAAAGAAGAAUUACCUUCCAUGAAAUCAGAAGAGUCAGAUGACGGCGAAGAAGCCGAGCCACUCAUACAUCUCGAAGUCAAAGUUGAGGGCUCGCAGGAUCCUCUACCCAACGAUGGGAAUCAAAUAUUCAAGGAUUUUGAGUCAGUUACAAAGAUGGAAGUAGAAUACAAUAAGCCAGAGACAAAAUUCACGAAAAGGAAACAACUCGCAAAAGAAGAGCUCGUCAGCAGCGAUGAAGCGCUGCCCGCGAGCCAGCCGUGUCCCGCGACAUCGCAGUGCGACCCGAGCCCCGCCAGCAGUGUGGAGGACGCGCCUGCUCACACACCCGCCGUCAGCGCCGACCCACAACCCUAUACCUGCGAUACUUGCCACAAACAGUUUGCAAAGAAACUAAAUUUAAUCAACCACAUGAAAGUUCAUAACAAAGGCAAGAUUUACUCGUGUGAAGUUUGUAAUAGUGAGUUCAAACGUUUUAAGCAGUUAGUCGUCCACAAACGUGUUCACAAAGGAGAAAAACCUUUCAGCUGUGAAAUAUGCAACAAGCGAUUUAGGGAGACGUCGUCUUUAAUAGUUCAUAAUAGGAUACACACAGGGGAGAAGCCUUACAGCUGUGAAAUUUGCAACAAAAGAUUUACACAAAAAAGAUGUUUACUUAGUCAUAAACUAACGCAUGUGGCUGACGCGGCUAAGGCUUACACCUGUAGCGUUUGUAACAAGGGAUUUACACAAAAAGGCAACUUAGUAUCGCACACACGUGUACAUACUCGUGAAAAACCAUUCCAUUGUGAAAUAUGCAAAAAACAGUUCGGCCAACAAUCUUCUCUUAUUCAUCACACGCGAACUCACGCGGGAGGGAAAUUGGGAAGAAACUACAAGUACGCUUGUAAACUUUGCAACAAGAAUUUUAAGUCAUUGUUCACCUUUAGCUGCCACGAACGUAUUCACAAUGGCGAGAAACCUUAUAUAUGUGAAGUAUGCAACAAGCAAUUUACUCGCAAGGAUCACCUAGAUAGGCAUCAAUGGCUCCACAGUGGGGUGAAACAGUUCUGUUGCGAAAUUUGCGGGAAACUAUUUACAGAGAGAUCAACUUUAAAUGCGCAUAUAGUGCUUCACUCGGGCUCUGCGCCGGCGCGCCGCCGACGUCGCCGUCAGAAGUGCGGUCGGCGUGACGCGCAGGCGACGCUAACUACCGAUAAUCGUGCGUCUAUAUCGUCAGAUCAGCUGGUUAUCUUAGCAUCAACCAAACAAGGCGCGCCGCCGACCAAAAAGCCCUCGACGUGA